AAUUUAUCUCCACUGACCAACCUCAAUUUGUCCAUUUCGUGCAACCCUAUCAAUCGACUAACCGACCAAAGCCCUGGGUACUCAUCUCGAAAGUCGAUCGCGACUGAGUCCAGUAUAAGGUAAUCGUUAAAACCUUCAUCAUGCCCCCUCGCUUGGGUUAUAAAAAGUCUCGAAGGGGAUGCAUGCGAUGUAAACAACGACGCGUCAAGUGUGAUGAGAAACAGCCUUGCGCAGCGUGCGAGAGACACGGCUUAUCGUGUGUUUAUCAGGAACCCUCGGAUGUACGACGAGGGCCUUCAGCUGAUAAAACCGAUGCCCAAAAGGAUGAUCGUCAGAUAAGCUCAAAUGCCGACUCGUCAAUUGCCAGCCCGGAUCCAUUGCCGUACCUGGCCAAGUUCGUUACAGGCCAGGAGUCAAUAGAGCAAAGCACAUGGCUCACGGAUCUUGAGUUGAUGCACCAAUACUCAACAUCUACGUACCUUACCCUGCCGCGAGCAGAUGAACUCCGGCAAAUAUGGCAGAUUGAGUUACCGAAGUUAUCCCUGAGCCACGUCUAUCUUCUCCACCAAGUUUUAUCUGUUUCUGCAUUCCAUCUGGCCUCCCUGCAUCCAGAUCGGCCAGACUACGCUAUCUGUGCGUCACAACAUCAAAACAAGGCUAUCGCAGGUCUUCGCUCAGCUGUCGCGUGCAUCACAGAAGAGAGCUGCGUGGAGAUCUUUCUGGCAUCUUCAUUACUGGGUAUCGGGGCAUUUGCUGGUCUCGGCGCUCACAAUGCGGGCCAGCAGCCUCGCAUCGACGAUCUUCUAGAUGUUUUUGUGCUGAUACGGGGAAUGAGUGACAUCUUGAACAGAUACGAGCCACUACUGAAGGAGAGCAGAAUCGCGCAUCUCUUCGUCAAAGGAAGCCAAUCCGGGUCGACGCCUCUGCUUGACGCCACGCUCGCGCAGCUGCGACAAAUCGUCAUACCUGAUGGCUUCGAGGAUACAACGAUUACGAUUUGUCAAGAAUCAAUCGCGUCAGCAAUCACCUGGAUAGAAAACCACAUCGGGACAACACCUGCGCCCGACGAGCGCAUCGCGAUGACUUGGUGUUUAUCAGUGAGCUCGGAAUUCUUGGAUCUCAUUAGACAGCGUCACCCUGUUGCCCUUUGCGUCCUCGCCCACUAUUGCGUUAUCUUGGAUCGAGUGGGAAGGUCUCAAUGGUUUAUGAGGAAUUGGGGCAAGCCCGUGCUACAAGAUAUUCGGAAUGAAAUGGAACCACGAUGGUCAACAAUGUUGCAAUGGUGUUUGGCAGCUGUGGAGUGUGAAAGAAAUACUCAAGUACAUUGAUUCUAGAAAUGGCUAAAACUAAUACAUGGAAAAUGAAAACA